ACCCUCCUUUCACAGCCUGUACAUAUCAAAGCAUUGCCCUGUUCUCUUCAUACCCUGAACGUCAUCCUGCUUGCACAUACCUGUACGCCUUACAGCGCUUCGAUAUUACCCUCGAAUACGAGAAGCUCUCAACCACCAUGUCGACCCAAACCACCACCGUCCGGCACUUGGACAACGCCGUCACAACGUUCUCCAAAUCCUUCGUCACCCGCGGGGUCAUGCCGGUCGGCAUGCGCAUGACCGCCGUGCGUCUGCAAAACGGCGACUUGUUCGUCGUCUCACCCACGCCGCUCGGCGACACGACCGAUGCGAACGGGACGACCACACUCGCCGAACUGGAGAAACUCGGCAAGGUCAAAUACGUCGUGUGCCCCAACAUCGUCCACCAUCUCCAUGCCGCAGAGUACAAGCAAAAGUGGCCCGACGCUGUGCUCAUCGGUGUUCCGGGUCUUCAAGAAAAGAGGGAUGAUGUCAAGUUCGAUGUCAUCGUAGAGGGCGUGAAACCCAUUGAUGCCGCCAACCCGGCACCGGCUGUCCCGCCAAAGCGCAUCGGAUUUGAAGACGAGAUCAGCUAUCGCCAUUUCAGCGGACAACGCAACCAGGACACGCUUUACUUGCACCGCCCAUCAAAGACGCUCCUUACUGCCGAUUUGAUGAUCAAUUUCCCGCUUCCGAAGGAGCAAGGUGGGCCAAGCGGGACUGCCGGUGAUAUCUUCAAUGGCGCCAUGCAGCUGUUCUUGAAACCAGACGCGGGGGCGCAUAAGCUCUUCAACCGCUACCUGAUGAACGCGGAUACCGAGCAGAUGAAGAGCGAUGUCAAGCAUGUUCUUGACAACUGGAAAUUUGAUCGCAUUAUCCCAUGCCACGGCACGAUCGUUGAGACGGAUGCGGAGAAGGCCUUCAAGGAGGCAUUCUCAUGGUUCCUUUAACUUUCGGAGAUUACCGCAGCUUCCAGGGAUAGUCAUAUAUAGCCCGGAAGUCCUUGUACAUAUGCACACUGUGACAAUCAUCACCCUACUGCAUUUGAAUAAGAACAUUGGUUCAUGAACUGUAAUACGAGCUGGCUGGCUCUGUUGAUCAGCGGAAAGCGUAGUCGAAUGGAGCUUUCAAGAGCGAUUGUGAUAUGAGCGCCAUAAUACCCGUUUUUGAAGGACUGCGACAAAGCGCGGCGUACCGAGGCCGUAUAUGACUUCGUAUGUUUCGGUUGCUACGCUGUUUUCGACCUCAGGCGAGAAUUCU